ACCAUUAAAAAAUCUAUAACCCCACUCACACGUGGCUAAGAAACGAUAUCGAGGUCGUUUUUUCUUCUUUUCAGUUUUUGUCGGGUCAAAACCUUUAAACGUCGCCGUUCCAUCCCUAGUCCUUAGAGAUCUUAGGCAAAGGUCUUGUCACAACACACUGAAGCUUCUCCACUCAGGACUUCAGAGAUUUCGGUACAGUCCAGAUUCUUCACUGUGUCCGCAAAACCACAUCAUAAUUUACCUUCGAUUCUCUUCUGUAGAGGAAAUCUCAUAAAUUCUUUGCAACAAACCCAGAAAAAACCAUGAAAGUGACCAUCAAAACAAUCUCAUUUUUCGUCGUACUUAACUCCGUCAUUCUCUGUUUAGAAGCCAAGCUUGGAUUCUCUUCAAUGGACAUGCUUGUUCUACCCAUGAAAACGCAAGUAAUUCCAUCAGGGUUAGUACCCAGAUCUCCGAGCAAGCUUCCUUUCCACCACAACGUCAGCCUCACGGUCUCCCUCACCGUCGGGUCGCCGCCGCAGAACGUGUCCAUGGUCAUCGACACAGGAAGCGAGCUCUCCUGGCUUCAAUGUAACAAAACACCCGCCUACCAGACCACAUUCGACCCAACCCGAUCCACCUCUUACAGGCCCAUACCCUGCUCUUCGCCUAUCUGCACGAACCAGACCCAGGACUUUCCCAUUCCGGCUUCCUGCGACUCCAACCAGCUCUGCCACGCCAUUCUCUCCUACGCCGACGCCUCCUCCAGCGAAGGAAAUCUCGCCUCAGACACGUUUCGUAUCGGGAACUCAGAAAUACCGGGUCUAGUAUUUGGGUGCAUGAACUCUAUUAGCAGCACCAAUUCAGAAGAAGACUCCAAGAACACAGGGUUAAUGGGUAUGAACCGCGGGUCUCUUUCCUUCAUUUCCCAGAUGGGUUUCUCCAAAUUUUCUUAUUGCAUCUCUGGUUCCGAUUUCUCGGGUCUCUUGUUGCUUGGGGACUCGAACUUUACUUGGCUCGCACCUUUGAACUACACCCCCCUCAUUCAAAUCUCAACUCACCUACCUUAUUUCGAUCGGGUGGCUUACACUGUCCAGCUUGAAGGAAUCAAAGUAUCGGACAAAUUGCUGCCGAUACCGAAAUCAAUUCUUGUACCGGACCACACCGGUGCAGGUCAGACAAUGGUUGACUCCGGCACCCAGUUUACUUUCCUGCUCGGGCCAGUCUACGCCGCUCUGAGAACCGAGUUCUUUAACCAAACAAAUGGAGUUCUGAGAGCUUUGGAUGAUCCAAACUUCGUAUUUCAAGGAGCCAUGGAUUUGUGUUACCUAAUCCCAUUGAGUCAACGCAUUUUGCCACUGUUGCCGUCAGUAAGUUUAGUGUUUCGGGGAGCCGAGAUGACCGUAUCAGGAGAUCGGGUUCUAUAUCGGGUUCCGGGUGAAGUCAGGGGCAGUGAUUCGGUACAUUGCCUCUCAUUUGGGAACUCUGAUAUGUUAGGUGUAGAAGCUUACGUGAUUGGUCACCAUCAUCAACAAAACGUGUGGAUGGAAUUUGAUCUUGAAAAUUCUAGGAUCGGCUUGGCUCAGGUUCGGUGUGAUUUGGCUGGUCAGAGAUUUGGUGUGGGCUUUUAGGGCCCAUAAGAGACAGAUCUUUUGAUUGGUGAGUGUACCUCACAUCCUAUGAUGGGAAAGUGAUAGAUUUGUGUGUUUUUGGUAGAGGGAUUGUUUGUUAGUAGUUGAUACGGGCCGAGCUAUAAUAAUGGUCUAGAUCAGUAGUUCAGUACCGUCCGAUCAUUAUCUUGGCCCACUCUAUUGAUAUAAUCGGGGCCACCUGAUCAGACGGUAAUAAAUUUACGAGAAGAGGGAAGGGAAGGGAAUUAUUUACCAAAGAUGAUCUCUUCUUCCAUUUUGUAGAGAAGGAAUUUGUAUCUGUAUUUUGCCAAUAAAUGUAGCAUUCAUAGA